AUGUCGAUACCUUCACACGUCAGCAGUUCAUCGAGACCAUCGAUUUCGUUCGAUCUCAAUCGGUACCCUAUUCCUAGCAAACAUUUCAUUGACGGACAAUGGACUACAAGCAAGAGCAAAAAUACACAGUGCUAUGCCUCGGCCGUAAAUGAUCAGGUGAUAUGCGAAGAUUUCCAAUGGGCUGGCAAGGACGACGUAGAAGAUGCAGUUGAAAGCGCGGCUACGGGUCUUAAGAGAUGGCAGUCCUUAAGUAAGGCCGGACGCCGAGAUGCGCUGCUACGAUAUGGACAACUGGUUAAAGAGCAUGCGGAGCAGAUCUUCUGGCUUGAGGCUAUACUCGUUGGGAAAACCCGCAAAUUUAGCAUGUUCGAAAUCGACCACGCUGUAGAAGCACUUACUUGCUUGACAUUUGCGCUCGAUAGCAGAAUCGUGGAAAGGGAAGAAGAUCAUGUACAAUACAUGAUCCGACAACCUUACGGAAUCUGCGCCGUCGUGCUCCCAUUCAACGGCCCUCUAGUGUGCUACUGCAUGAAAGUUGCGGCAGCCCUAGCAGCCGGUAACGCAGUAGUGGUGAAGGCUAGCGAGCUGAAUCCUUUCUCCACUCUUUUCGCUGUAUCGCUAGCUACUCAAGCUGGAAUACCGCCUGGAGUGAUCAACUGUAUCACGGGAGAUGGCUCCAUCGGCAACGCUCUUGCUGAGCACAUGAAGAUCCGCAAAAUUAGCUUUACUGGAUCUCUUGCUGUGGGACGUGAGGUGCAAAUUGCAGCUGCUCGAUCGAAUCUCAAAAAUGUGACUCUGCAGCUCAGCGGCAAGUCGCCCAUCAUUGUCUUUCCAGACGCGGAUCUUGACAAAGCCGCGAGACAUUGUGGGAUGUUCCUCGCACUCAACGGACAAGGUUGCACACUAGGCACACGGGUUUAUUUACACAAGUCAAUCUACAAGGAAAUGCUCCCCAAGAUUGAGUCAUUGGUCCAAAGCUACGACGACAAUCUAGGUUCAGACCCAUUAGAAGAUGGCACAUGGAGCUCACCCCUCUUCCAUCAUCGUCAACGAGAAAGAGUAGAGCGGUAUAUCGAGCAGGGAAAGAAAGAGGCAACCCUCCUUCGUGGCGGGGAGAUUGUUCCGGGUCCAGGCUGCUUUUUACGGCCGGCAAUAUUUGUUGAUCCUCUUCCAGAUGCUCGAAUUCUGAAGGAGGAAAUUUUUGGGCCAGUUGUGGUGAUUCUUCCCUUCGAAGACGACGACGAGAUGCUCAGACUCGCAAAUGACACUGAAUACGGGCUUCGUGCAUAUGUCUGGACGAAAGAUCUCGGAAGAGCUUUUCGAUUUACCAAUCUGCUCGAAGCAGGUUGUGUAGGGGUGAAUGAAGGGCCCUGGUCCCUCCAUACCACGUAUGGAGGAUGGAAACAGAGCGGCGUGGGUCUCGAGAACGGAGAGGCCGGACUUCUCGACUGGGUUCAGUCCAAAUCUGUUAUGAUCCGCGCUUAG